AUGUCCUUCACUCCCUUUUUCUCAGCCUUGCUCCUAGCAGUAGCAGCAGCGACCACAGCCUCAGCAACGCCCCUCGCGGCCGCGCGCGCCGCCGACCCAGCAGGCACGAUCAGGUGCCCCGUCGUCUUUGACGGGCGCGUACCGGCAACGCUCCCGGCCACGGGGCUGGACGAGGCGUCCCGGUCGCCCUUCAACACGGCCUACGUCAAGGGUGAGGGCCUCAAGUGGAGCGACAUCAUCAAGUUCCCGACCGAGGUCGGCCGGCCGCGGUUCGAGAACUCGUCGAGCCACAAGCCCAUCACGGUCACGCUGAGUGACCGGUCCAUCUUCCAGACCCAGAGGGGGUUCAGGAGGGCGGGUUUGCAGUUUAGGGACGAUGCGAACGUCGGGGGUAGGGGUGCCGUCGGGGUGAGGACGCUGCAUUGGAGUGUCAAGAUUGAUCCGGCUAGGGGGUUGAAUCUGAGCCAUGAGUAUCUUAAUGUCUGGCACGAGACGGCCGACUACUCGGCCAAUCAGUUCAACUUUGAGAUGGGCAGCAUCCUGGGCCAGCCUGACCUGCUCAGCGACACUUUCAAGAUCCUCGACCGGCGCAACCGGCAGAUUUGGUCGACGCCCAUCGACGAGUCUGCGUGGAACAAUUUUGCCGUCACCAUCGACUAUGUCAACAACACGCUGCGUGUCUACUACUCCAAGAACGACGAGCCUCUCAGGGCGGCCUCUUGCGCGGCGACGCCCAACGACAACUCGGGCGAGGGCCAGUACCAGCUCGGCCUGCUCAAGAAGCCGACGGGGACCGACGACGUGGUCAACUCUGGGUACCAGGCCAGUGGAAUAGAUGAAGGUCUGAUCUACGGCGGCAUCUUCCUCGAGGAUAGCGCCGAUGGGUGUGUUUCCUUGUGA